UCUGGACCUCCGGGGGUGGGGAAGACCACCACAGCUGCCCUGGUCUGUGAGGAGUUGGGCUUCAGCUACGUGGAGAUGAACGCCAGCUGUACUCGUAGCAAAAACAGCCUGAAGGAGGUUGUCGCAGAGUCACUUAACAACACCAGCAUCGAGAACUUCUACAAAGGCACGUCUCAGACGGUGACUAGUAAACACGUCCUGAUCAUGGAUGAGAUUGAUGGCAUGGCUGGCAAUGAGGACCGCGGAGGAAUCCAGGAGAUGAUCGGCCUGAUCAAAAAUUCGAAGAUUCCCAUCAUCUGCAUGUGCAACGAUCGGAACCACCAGAAGAUCAGAUCACUGGCCAACUACUGCUUCGAUCUGCGCUUCCAGAGGCCGCGAGUGGAACAGAUCAAGGGAGCCAUGAUGUCCAUUGCUUUCAAGGAGGGAAUCAAGAUCCCACCCCCAGCUCUUAACGAAAUGAUCCUAGCCUCCAAUCAGGAUGUCCGACAGGUGAUCCACAACUUGAGCAUGUGGUCAGCCAAAGACAAGGUGAUGACGUAUGACCAGUGCAAGUCUGACGCAGCCAAUGCCCGCAAGGACAUGAAAAUGGGGCCGUUUGAUGUUUGUCGGAAGGUGUUUGCCUUGGGAGAGGAGACCCACAUGAGCCUCAUCGACAAGUCCGACCUCUUCUUCCACGACUACUCGCUAGCGCCGCUCUUUGUCCAAGAGAACUACCUGCAUGUUCGUCCAAAGGCUGCCGGGGGUGAUCUGAAGUCCCACCUGGUGUUGCUCAGCAAGACUGCUGACUCCAUCUCCGACGGAGACCUGGUGGACAGACGGAUCCGCUCUGGACAGAACUGGUCACUGCUGCCCACCCAGGCCAUCUAUGCCAGUGUGUUACCAGGCGAGCUCAUGAGAGGCUACAUGAGUCACUACCCCACCUUCCCCAGCUGGCUCGGCAAAAACUCCUCCACCACUAAACAUUCCCGCAUCGUCCAGGAGCUGACCUCACACAUGUGUUUAAAGACGUUGAGCAGCAGGCAGGCGGUGAACCUGGAAUACCUGCACUAUCUUCGCCAGGCGCUGCUUAAUCCACUCCAGAGGCACGGAGCGGAGGGUGCCGGCGAGGCUGUGCAGCUGCUGGACGACUACCAGCUCAUCAAGGAAGACGUGGACAGCGUCAUGGAGAUCAGUGUCUGGGGCGGACAACCUGACCCCUACUCCAAACUGGACUCUAAGGUGAAGGCAGCAUUCACUCGGGCCUACAACAAGGAAGCUCACCUGACUCCGUACUCCCUGCAAGCAGUGAAGAAGGGCCGCCGAGGUGGCGGGGAGUCAGAGUUGGGAGGAGAGGAUGUGGACAACGAAGUGCAGGAGUCUGAGGACGAGGGCGAGGGCCUGAAAACUGACGCCAUGAUCAAACAAAAGAAGGCCAAAGCCACCAAGGAGUCCAAGAAGGAGAAGAAGGAAGAUUCUGGGAAGGGCAAAGGCAAGGGGAAAGGCAAGGCCAAGAAAUGACCAAUGACCAGAGGAGGAAAACAAACUGUCCUGGUCUGCCUCCCUCCGCCCACACAGACUGUAAUGGGUUUUUUUUUCUCCGCACUUGCAACGAUCCUUUAAUGAGCAUCAGAAAGUAGUGAAACUGGUCUUAACCUCUUCAGGUAACUCAUCUGUCCCUCAUCCAAACACUUAACUCUAACCACAGAGGCUGAGAAAUGUCUUUCCUGUUUUUUAACAACCUGUCAUGUCUCCGUCAGAGGGUCUCUAUACCGAACAAAUGAUGCAUAUUAUCUGCUCGUUCCACCCGUUAUCAUGUCUGUACGCCUCUGUAGUAACGUGUCUCAGCAGGAGUAUCGUGCAUUUCUUCCAUCAUCAGUUUGUAGUCCAGGAGUUUGAGGCUGUAAAUAAUGUGACUCCUAUGUAAAAGACUGUUACUUUUUGCUACAACUAUGAUACAGAAAUGCUUUAGCUCUAUGGUUAGCAGCACUUGUAAAUUGCAAUUUUGUAAAAAUUACAUGAGGAUUAAUAGAGAAAUAUGUCGCUCAUGA